ACAAAAGAUUUCGCGUUCGCGGUUUGGUUCGAUUCGAUCGUCGUCGUUCGUCGCGUCUGCUGCGAGUGUUGCACUUAUUUUGUCGAGACUUUUGUCCGUAAUUUUCUUUAGUUAUUCCAUAGUAAUUGCUCAAUAAUCAUUCUUCAACAUGUCGUUCAUUGCCAAGACCAUGUUCCGCAACAUUCCGCAGCUGGCGAAAGUAGCGAAGGCCGGGACGAUCCAGAAGAGUUUCAUCCACACCGCACGAUCCCUUUGCGUUGCUCAAGUACAGAAGCCGGCGCCGGCAUUCUGCGGAACGGCUGUUGUCAACAACGACUUCAAGGACAUCAAACUGGAUGACUUCAAGGGGAAGUACCUGGUUUUGUUCUUCUAUCCACUGGACUUCACCUUCGUUUGCCCAACCGAGAUCAUUGCAUUCAGCGAUCGGAUUCAGGAGUUCCGGGACUUGAACACUGAGGUGGUCGGCGUAUCAGUAGAUUCCCAUUUCUCGCAUUUAGCCUGGGUUAACACCCCACGCAAGCAGGGCGGCCUGGGAAAGAUGAAUUAUCCCCUUCUGGCCGACUUGACCAAGAAAAUCUCCGCCGAUUAUGGUGUCCUGUUGGAGGAGGCCGGAAUCUCGCUGCGGGGUUUGUUCAUCAUCGAUCCCAACGGUGUCGUUAGACAAAUAACGAUCAACGAUCUACCCGUGGGACGAUCGGUUGACGAAACCUUGCGACUCAUCAAGGCUUUCCAGUUUGUGGAAAAACACGGAGAGGUUUGUCCGGCCAAUUGGGAUCCCAAAUCCAACGCCGACACUAUCAAACCGGACCCCAAGGGAUCUCAGAGUUAUUUCAACAAGCAUGGAUAAAAUGUAUGUCUAUUUGAACUCAUUAUAGCGCUCCAUUACAAUAUAGA